CGCUGAAAUCUCAGCCGGUGGUGUCAAAAUCGCCGGUGAAGAAAGCAUGGUUAGACGAUUCAGUUUCCCAUGCACAGACUUCCACAUCCUCUUCCUCAUCAUCAUCAUCCUCAUCUAGAGCUAUCAUGUGUGUAGUGUGCAACAGAUAUGGUUGUAUGGGCGACACAGUCAGGUGUGAUGAAUGCAUGCUGUUCUACCAUCUGAACUGUCUGGAUCCGCCCAUGAAGAAGUCUCCCAAGGUUCGAGGUUAUGCCUGGCACUGUGAGGCUUGUGAUAUGCUGGACAACUCGAUGAACUGGGCAAUAAAAGAGCAGGAAAAAGAAGAUAAACCAGGAUUUCCUUUGAAGUUUACAGCUGGUGAACACAAACAACAUAAUAAUCUAAAUCUUGCUGGAUGA